AUGGAAGAGGAGCGUUCUAGUGGAGCUAAGUUUCUUGAGAUUAAGCUCGAGAGUCGGCGAGAAGGUUUCGCCGGUUGCGAAACGGGGAAGCUUCUGGGUUCUGAAAAAGCCCGACGGCACUUGUCAGCUGAGUUACCCUGCCGCACGCAAUAG